UUUAUCUCCCUCCCCUUUGAGAAUCUUUCGAACCCCAACAAUCUUUUUCUUUUAAAACAUGUGGAAAUCAAUGGGUUCCUCACAAUUUUCUAAACCGUCCUAUCUUUUCCUUUUUCUUGCUCAAUUGAGCUUAAUAAUUCAUGUGUGUCUUGGGGCAAGCAAGCUAACAUCACUCUACCAACCUCCACCCAUGGCCCUAACUUACCAUGGUGGUGAUUUGCUCCAAGGGGACCUCCUAAUUUCAAUUCUAUGGUACGGAAAUUUCUCACCACCUCAAAAAUCCAUUGUUGUUGAUUUUAUUCUCUCUCUUAAUCAUAUUGAUCCACAAAAAGACCAACACUCCAAGUCCUCAGUCUCUCUGUGGUGGGGCACAGUCCAAACCUACAUGAAAAAAGCUGGCAAAAAACCAACCCGCAUUUCUCUCUCAACCCAACUCUCAGACAAAAACUACACAAUUGGCAAAAACUUGAAGAAAUCUCAUGUCUCCGAGUUGGCUCACCGGGUCAACUCGCCACCCGGUGGGUUGACUCUUGUUCUCACAUCGCAUGACGUGGCGGUUGAGGACUUUUGCAUGAGCAACUGUGGGUCCCAUGGCCACAAAGGCAACUCGGUCUUCAUCUGGGUUGGCAACUCGGUGAUUCAGUGCCCGGGUCAGUGUGCGUGGCCGUUCCACCAACCCGUGUACGGGCCACAGACACCGCUGGGUGCACCCAACGGUGACGUGGGGAUGGAUGGCAUGGUCAUAAAUAUCGCGAGUCUUUUGGCCGGUUCUGUGACGAACCCGUUUGGAAGUGGCUACUAUAUGGGCUCGGCUGAGGCUCCGCUGGAGGCGGCUUCGGCUUGUCCUGGGGUGUAUGGGAAAGGGGCUUAUCCGGGUUAUGCUGGGGUGUUGUAAUUGGACACAAGUUCUGGUGCGAGCUACAAUGCGAUUGGUGUGAACGGGCGGAAGUACCUCUUGCCUGCUCUGUUCGAUCCCAAUACUUCUCAGUGUUCAACCAUUGAGUGAGAGUGUUGAGCUUAGAAGGACACGUGGCUCUUUUGUGGUGAUCAUUGUAUAUAUUAAUGUGUGGGUGUAAGUAUAAAAUGACGUGGUUAAUGUAACUAUUGCACUUCAAACCCAUUUAGUAAAUGAAUUUCACCUGGCAGGUUUUCUUGCUUUCAAUUU